AUGUCAGAUGAUAAGGUUACCGCAGAUAGCUACGGAAAAGUUGAAGUCACCGAGCACAACACGGAAUGCUGGAUGCUUCGCAUUCCACCUGUAUUAUCCUCUGCUUGGGAUGAUGCCCCAGAAGGCACUGUCUUGGGAGAACUUGUAUUUCGAAAGGGUGGAAAGAUUCCUGGGAGACCGGCAAUUAAACCAGGACUAGAUGUUGUCUUAGAUCCCAACAUUGCGACGAAAUUGCCCCAGCAGUAUUCGCUGCAAGCGAUGACCAAGAAGCUACCUGUCUUGCAUCCUUUCACUCGGCAUCCCAAUGGCAGUGUCGCAAUUCAUGGAAAAGUGACACGAACUGGUAAUCUCCAAGUGAAGCAGGAUGCAAACUAUCGGCAACUCUGUAAGGAUAGAAUUUUGAAAGGCACCGUCCACAAAUCCCGAUUUGUCAAACCCAUUGAAGCCAAUCAGGUCGUUCAUCAGUCCAAGAAACGGGCAGCCGGUGGUGGGGCUGCAGCUGGCGGAAAUGGUUUUGGUGAUGCCGUUCAUCAAUUUGGAAAGCGAAUGAUAGAAGCACAAAAUACAACGCAGCAAACCAAGAAAGCAAGAUUUACGGCGGAUCAGCCGACCAAGUCCAUUAUUUUCGAACUCUUCGAGCAACAACAAUUCUGGGCUGCAAAAGACCUCAAAGCAGCAUCUGGGGGUCGAUCGGAUAAUGAGAUCCGAGAAGUGCUCAGAGAAAUUGCGGACUACCAUCGAAGCGGUGAUCACAAGACACUAUGGGAACUAAAAAAGGAGUUUCAGAACAAGAGCAAAUCGGAUGCGUGA